GCAGCGGCCCGCCCUCUGGCUUUUUAUACCGUCCGUCCUUACAUGCGCGUGAUCUGGACUUUAAAAGCUAAACGGAUAACAGAAGAAAAAGAAAAGGCAAAGCCACACGGGAAGCAAGGAGGAGGAGCCUAACGAGGCUGUCAUUCAUUCAAUCAGCCUUCCUGCUCCAUCUUGAUUCAACUGAGAGGGGCAAGCGGCAGGCGUUCUCAAUAUUUUGAGAAAUGCCCAUGUCCAGGGGCACAUUCAUCCUAAUGAACAACCACUCCGUCGAUGAUUCCCACGUCCCCAUACUGGGCGCCGCCCUGUUUGUGCUCGUCAUCUUCUGCAUCUACGGCAUCGUCUCCUUCUGCUACCACUACCAGAAGAUCCGGUUGCUCCGCCGCUCCUCUGUCUCCAACAGCGCCACCGCCGAACCCCAGGCCGCUGCCGCCACGGCUACCACCAGAAGCACGCCCUUUCAUCAAUCGUUCAAGAAGCAUGAGAGCGAGAGUUUGCCGGUUUUGAUGCCGGGAGAUGAGUUCCCCAAGUUCGUGGCUUGGCCGUGCGAGGCCACCGCCGCCGCUGCCAAGACGACGAAGGUGGACCUGCCUGUCUAGCUGCAGAUUCCAGCAACGGCGUUCUCUCUCUUUCUUUCUCUCUCCCCCUCCCUUUCUCUCAUUAAUUUUGAGAGUUUUACUCUCUCUGUUGUUUGAGAAGAUGGAAGAAGUUAUCGGAAGGAACCAGGAGAUCAUCUGAUUCUCAUGCGUUUGCCCGUCUAAUUUUCUUCAAGUUUCGGUGGGAGUCUAUGGUUCUAAUUAGUAGGCCAUGAUUUCAAGCCGUUGAUUAUUAUGAUGAGCGGCUGAGGACCGCCUUGAAAAUUUUCGCCUCUUCGUUAAAAAUGAUCUUGUGAAGAAAGUCUCUGAUUAAUAUAAGCCAGUACCAGCGAAUUUAUAUUAUUUUUUAAAUUUUAAAGGCAAUUUAAAUUAUUGUAGAAUUUAUAAAAUCAGAAAAUAGGACGGUACAAGUCAGCACGCAACGUGCCAACAUUGUCCCGCAUGUUUGGAAAAGGAAAAAUUUGGCGCAGAAUAAAGUUAGAGCAAAAAGUGUAUGAUGCUUUGUUCUUUAAAGUUUAAAAAUAUGGGGUUCUAAUCUCCAGCAGGUCUAGGUGUUUUCGAAUGGGAAAACUCCUGGGUUUCUGCUAGAUAAAGCAUUGGCUUGUGGUGACAGAAUUCUGCUGACAGUCAAUAUAUAUAUAUAUAUUAUUUUGAAAUAAAAGGCUGGGGCCUAACCCCAAUGCAGACGUUCUCCGAAAUGGCAAAACUCCCGGACGAGAUUUAUGGUGGGGGAAUUUGAAAUGGACAGACUCAUGAGUGGAAUUUAUCCGGGUGUACUUUAUUUGCUUGAAAUAAAUAGUGAUCAAUCCACACGCAUGAAUUCUAAAAGGCAUAGGUUUUCAGUUCAAUUUUGUUGGUAGUGCCACAAUCUAGUUGAUGGGUACAUCAUAAAU